AUGUUUAAAUUCCAUAAUUCUGAUUUAUGGAUUGCCUGGCUGGUUUUCCUGUGUACAGAGGGUUCUAGAUUUUCCCUCCAUGCAGGGGCUUUGUGUGUGCGGGCGUUGGAGGUUACCGUGAGUCAGAGCAGUGUCCAGGUGGCCCGAGGUCAGGCAGCUAUACUGCCGUGCACAUUCACAACCAGCGCUGCCCUCAACAACCUCUACAUCAUCUGGAUGGUGACGCCGUUAGCCAAUGCUAACCAGCCGGAGCAGGUGAUAAUCUACCAGGGAGGCCAGGUGUUUAGUUUAGCCAAUCGCAUGAAUGGCAGGGUGGGCUUUGUGGCCACCAUGCCCAGUACAAGUGCCUCCAUCUUCAUUAACAACACCCAGCUCUCAGACACAGGGACCUACCAGUGUUUAGUCAACAACCUGCCCGACCGCGGCGGCCGUAACAUCGGUGUGAUUGGACUCACUGUGCUGGUGCCACCCUCCCUCCCGACCUGUCGUGUCCAGGGUUCUCUGGAUGUAGGCAGUGACGUUAUGCUGAUGUGUGGAUCAGAGGAGGGCAUUCCCACGCCCACCUAUGCCUGGGAGAAACUGGAGUCCGUUCCCAAGCUCCCCCACAACGCCAUGCAAGACCAGAUGCUUGGAACAGUGAUGCUCAGAAACAUCAGCACUGGCACGUCUGGUCUCUACCAGUGUACAGCCUCCAACGCCAUCGGAAAGAGCACCUGCCUACUUAACCUGCAAGUCAUAGCGCCCCAGCCGCAGAGCGUGGCUCUCAUCGCCGGCACCAUCGCCACCGGAGUGCUGGCCCUCAUCAUCUGCUCCCUCUUGGUCCUGGUCACUCUCUUCUACUGGAGGAAUAAGAACAAGUAUGAGGAGGACGAGAUUCCCAAUGAGAUCAGGGAAGAUGACCUUCCCCCGAAGAGGUCGUCAUCUGUGAAGGCGUUCCACGCCGAUGCCUCGUCCUCAGAGAACGACACUCUUACGUCCACAAACACCUACAACAGUCGCUACUGGCACAACCCCAAAUCAAACUACGACACCAACUCCUACACCCGCUACAACGGGGACACCAGGCAAACCUUCACCGCCGGAGGCCACGGCGUGGGGGCCACCAACACAAGGCCCAAUUACACCAACGGCAGCCACACCCUCCCUCCACCCAAGACUCUGGUGGUCACCACUAACUCCGCCCCCUCACCGCCCGUCAUGACCAGAAGUAACGGCUCCCUCAGCCUGCGACCGCCCACCGCCACGCCAGCGGUGCUUGGGCACGGACAACACACGCAUUCCUACGCCGUGAGCCAGGCCACGCUGGAGCGCAUGGGCGCUGUGCCCGUAAUGGUGCCAGCGCAGAGCAGAGCUGGCUCUCUGGUCUAA